AUGGCUGAAGAUGCAGAUUUGGUGCAGUUGUUGCCGGCUGGUCAUUCGGUUGGAAGUAUUCGAUCACGACGCCCACUUAUGUACAUAUUUUCGGGCGGCAAUGAAGAUGCAGCAAUUUUUUCGGUGAAUGGCUUCACAAUACUGCUGGAUGGUGGUGACCGAAAAGAUGUACCCUACUGGAAUCUCAUCCGCAAUUAUGACAAAAUAUCAUCGGCAGUGGUGACGCGUGUCAGUCCAAAUUGUUUGCGAGGAAUCUCAGCAAUUUUGAUGCGAAAAUGCAUGGAAGAGGUAUUUUGA